AUGUCAGUCGACUACGUCGUAGAAUUUCGUCCAGAAUCACAAGAAGACUAUUUUUACGACAUCGUGGUGUGCACCGAGCGCGAAAAGUACAUCGUCCCCGUGACCGCCGUGGGCCAGCGCCCCGCCCUGGAUUUUCCCGACGUCAUCGACUUCGGACAAUGCCCCUUGAAAAUCAGCGCGACCAGGUCCAUGCUGGUGACCAACGUCGGUGGCAAAUCGGCAAAAUUCGAUCUAUUCACCGAUGCCCCAUUCUCGGUGGACCCCAGGCAGGGCACCCUGGCGCCUGGAGAGUCGCUGAGAUGCUCCGUGGAAUUCAACCCCAGAAUUGCCGGAGCCGCCGGAGCGGACCUCCACAUUGCUUACGACUAUGGGGAGACCAUAUUCUCUCAGUUGACGGGAUUCGGGCACCAAAUAGAUGUGGCGGCGCUCCAAGAGGUGGUGGAAGUUCUGCCAACGUAUGUCACGAAGAUGUCACAGAAAUCGUUCAAGGUGAUGAAUCGAUCCGAUGUCAUCGUGGCCUUCAGCGUGCGAGGCGCCCGGGUGCCUGAGGACGAGGCCUCGGCCACCGACGCUAAAUUGAUGUCGCUGGGUGGAAGUCUUGAUACUCUCGAAAUUGCGGAAGAGUGCUCGACAGCGGAGGACGGGGACAUGGAUGCAGAGUCCAUCCUGUCCGACAGGCAAGCAAAUGCGAGCCGCAUCUUCUCUUUGGAGACAAAGAGGAUACGCCUCGAGAAAAUGUUCUUUCGGGAUGAAAAUUUCUCGAUUCAUCCCCUGGAAGGUGCCAUUCCUCCCGGAAGCCAAGUGGAAAUCACGGUGGAGUUCCGGCCGACAUUCGCGAAGGACUACGAAAAAAAGGUGUUUGUUGAAGUGCAGGGAAGGAAGGACAGACUCCCUGUUACCAUCAAGGCUCGAGGACUCGGUCCAGAGGCGGUUUUCUCAUAUGACAUGCUAGAUGUCGGGGACACCUUCAUCAACACGACUCACCAGUACGAGGUUGAACUGCAGAAUCGAGGCAAAAUUGAUGCCAGAUUUCGGCUGACGCCUCCACACACGGAGUUUGGAUCCAAAUUCAAUUUUCAUCCAAGCAGCGGCUCGCUUGAUGCUGGAGAAGUGUGCACAAUCAAGGUGAAACUUCUGUCCAACCUGCUUGGCGACUUUGACGAGACAUUCCACUGGGACAUUCUAAGUAGCUCCAGGCCACUUCUCCUUCAAUUCAAGGGUCGGGUGGUAGGCCCUUCCUUCACAAUAAAUGUAUCCACACUGGACUAUGGCGUCGUCUCGUACGGGUUUCGCUAUUCCAAGGAAGUAACGUUGGAAAACACGAGCCAAAUACCCGUCAAAUUUUCUUGGAGGUUGAAUGAGGACGACGAGGCGAGUCCAGAGUUUCAGAUGGUUCCGCAGACUGGACGCGUCCUUCCCAACGGCAAGCAAACCACGCGAGUCAAUUUGGUGUCCCGCCGAAUCGAAAAAUACGAAAGGGAGUUGCUGCUCGACAUUCCCGACGUGGGGAGGGGCCUUGCAGUCAUCCCUCUAUUCGCGGAGUGCGCGGUUCCCAAGAUCGAGAUCGAGACGGACAUUCUGGACUUUGGCGAAUGCUUUGUGCGAUACGAAUUCAAGCGAAGCUUGAAACUUCUGAAUCCCUCCAACCUUCCCGCCAAGUUCGAAGUCAUGCAGCAGGACGCCCACAGCAGAAAUCUGGCGGCAUUUUCCGCUCGCCCUGAUUCCGGGGGUGUCCCAGCACAAGGGCACCAGACGCUGGAAUUCUCGUUGGCAACGUCUCGCUUGGGCCGCAUUCAGCUCCCCGUCCGGGUUCAAAUAGUUGGCAGCCGGAAUCCUCCUUUGGAAUUUGCCAUCGAAGCUAAGUCUGUGGGCCCUAAAGUCCAUGUGGAUGUAUUCAAAGAUGAAAUGGAGCCUGGCGCUACGGCGUCCAGAUCGACAGGAGGAGGUCUUUCCAUCGACUUUGGAAAAGUGCACGUUCUGGAGGAUCACGGGGUAUGGAUAUCCGUCCACAACACAUCACUCAUACCCGCUGAAUUCAAGACGUUCAUAGAAGGAAAGGACUCCGUGUUCAAGAUUGAUCGGCGGUCCGGCGUACUAGAACCCCAGGAGAAGGCCAAACUGAAGGUCACCACAAAUUUGGACAUGGACAAGAAAUUCAAAGAUACCCUUCAUAUUCUGGUCACCGAGGGAGCAGAUAUCGACAUGCAGUUGCAAGCAACUGGGAUUGGAAGCACUGUCGUGUGCAAGGAAAUCGAAUCUGGUUUGGUUGAUUUUGGCAACCAGUUCAGCGGGCGAUCAUUCUCGAAGAACAUUCUGGUGUGCAACAUGGACAGGAGACCUGUCACCUUGCAGUGGACAAAUGAAACUGCGGAAGCGGCUAGAAAGCGCGCCACGAAAACUAAGAAGCUUGGGGAGCGCCCGUCCAGCGGGAGCUCCAAACAUUCCCAGGCGGACGGUCCGCCCGAGGAAGAGCAAAUCUACUAUGCGUCUCCGGAGAAAACGACCAUCGGAGCAAAGCAGACAACAGUUGUCACUAUCGAAGGGAUCACAAUGACCACUGGUAUUAUCGAAGAGCGCUUGGUGUGCCGGGGAGGCGUGACCAAUGCGGGCAAGGGAAACAGCAAAGGCAGCUGUAGCAGCAGCAACAUUGUAUUUGAUGUGGUUGCCCAAGCAGACGUGGCAGCGCCCCUCCUGGAGUUCCCGGACCGCGAGCUGCGUUUUGUGUACUACUACGAGAAGGACGUCCAUCCCCAAAUUAUGAGAAAGGACGUUGCCAUCAGGAAUGUUUCGAAGCUCCCUCUCACCCUCUUCCUGAGAACACAGUCGCCUUUCCAGUUGAGCUCAGACAGUCUGGUGCUGAGUCCCAACGAAGAAAAAUCCCUCGUGGCAACAUUCGACCCCUCGUAUCGCGGUGAUCUGGAGAGCGCCGUGGCUCGAUCUCGGGUGAAUGUCACUUGCGCGGACACCAAUUACCAGAAAGAUGGCUUUGAACUGGUUGGAGAGGUCCACCGUCCCAAUUUGAAAUUCGAGACCACGAGGAUCGACUACGGCAGUGUCCUCACAGACACAUGUCGCCGCGUAACGCUGGCGGUCACGAACGUCAGCAGUCUAGAUGUCAUCUACCAUUGGAUGUUUCUAGAGGGAGACGCAGAGCGCGGUACGCGUUUGACAGGCGCGAGGGUUGUGUUCAGAAGCAGCUUGAUUCGAUUCAACAUUGAGCCCGACAACAUCUCCCUGGGCGCUCAGCCCUAUGAUCGAGCCAUCGAGCGGGAGAUUACCUUGCACAACCAGGGAAAGGUUCCCUUUGAUUUCAAUGUCAUCAAGUCCCAUUUGACAUACGGCUGGAUGGUUGAAAGCAUACCGGAAAAGGGUCGUGUCGGAGCGGGACAGCGCGACACUCUCAAACUAAAGAUAAAGGCUGGUCUUCCUGAAAAGUUCCAAGAGAAGGUGUACAUCGAGGUGGCACAUUUCGACCCCACUCCGAUCACGUUUUCUGUGGAAGGGGUUUAUCCGUAUAUAUACCUAUCACUUCCGAGGCAUAAAACUCACUCCUUCAGCCAAUACCUGGAAGAAGCUAAGAAAAGGUUGAUUCAGGCUGGUCCCAAGCCGAAUUCAUCUCCCAAAGGUGCAAGAUCCAAUAUUUCCAGACCCUCGCCUCCGUCAAAAGCAACACGCUCCCCAACGGCAAAGGAACGCCCACCAUCAGCAUCGACCAUCAGGAGCAAAGUGCCAACUGCAGUGGCUACAAGCUCGUCCGCAAGGAUGCCUAAAAACCCCUUGUAUGAUUUGGGUUACACGAAAGCCGACUGGGAAUCCGAAGCGGACCGCCUUCAACUGCAUCGCGAUCUUUUGAUCCGCGCAUCCAAAAAGGAAGAUAAACUCAUGGCAGCUGCGAUGGGAUGCGAAUCCCCCGAGAUGUCUGUUCCACCAAAAGAGGAAGCAGCUCAGAAUGACAAGAAUGCCUUGAACGUGGACGAAAAGAAACAGGUGUCAUUCCAAUUCAACAAGCAUUACCUUGAUUCCUUCGGAUUGUCAAUUGACCCAGAAGCGAUUUUGAAGCUUGCGGAAUUCGACUCUGUUGAUAUGACGCUCACAAUGCACACCAGCAAGCCCCAAGUCACGCAUGGGCCACUUGAGGCUACUUUCCCUGUAGAAGUGAAGCAGGGUCCAGCGGUUAUGAUCACAGUGAAAGCGUACAUCAUGACACCUGAUUUGAAGAUAUCAAGUGACGCUCUGGAUUUCGGAAUGGUUCAAUCCGGACACUGCAAGAUCAUGACCGUUCAACUUACAAACCCCAAACACGUGCCUUGCGAGUGGUGCAUCAAGAGGCCAAUGGAGGGAAACAAGGCCAAGGACUGGGAUUUUUUCCGCUGUAGCCCAAAUGAGGGCACUCUGGAAUUCUCGGAAUCCAUCAAUGUCAAGGUACGACUCCGAGGGCUGCGCUUUCAUGGAGCCGCUGUUGCCAGGAUCAGGGCUGUGGAAAGACAUCGUUCCAUCAGUUGA